AUGGCGCGAGGCGAGACUCUGGUCUUCUUACUUCUGGUCUCCAGUUACGCACUUUUUGUAGCAGCUCAGCUCUGUCCAAAGAGCUGUUUCACUGACACAUCCCAAGAACCCCUGGGGGCCCUUGCCACUUGCCGCUGCCCUAUUAAGCAAGGGACGGAGACUCCCUGCAGUUGGGUGGGGCAUGGCGGGAUGUACAGUUUUCUCUUUUGCCUUGAGGCGAUACCAGAUGACUUUAGCACGCAAACGCGGUCGAUCUUUAUCGAGCACCUCUGUUCCUCGACUUUGCGGGAACAGUCUUUCCCAAACGUCUCAAAUCUUCAGGGGUUGAGGAUCCAGAAGUCAAACGUUUCUAUUAUAGAGAAAGGCGCUUUCCGAGGCCUACCGCUACUACGAGAUCUCAACCUCGGUAACAACCGCAUCUCAAGUCUGGAUCCCGAUGCGUUUCUUGGCCUUGAAAAACUAGGCAACCUGUUCCUCGACAAGAACAUGCUCUCUGCCAUACCGCAGCAUGCCUUUCGCGGCCUGCCUCUACGGCAACUGAUCCUGGACGACAACCUGCUGACCUCUGUGCCCGUCCAUGCUCUUCUACAGCUCAAGGCAUUGCGGAGUGUUGGCCUACGAAAAAAUCGCAUCACUGUCAUCGACAGCGAUGUCAAGAAACUGCAGCAACACCGUUGCUUACGUUUUGUACUGAUGGGAAACAUCAAAGUGCGAUGCGACAGGUGGUUCAUCUGUCACCGAGAGUCCCUGUCCCUGUCCCGCCUUUCUUUCCCUCGAGGUCCCCCUCUAAAGUGCGCGUCACCCGCUGAGCUCAACGGGACUUUCAUCUCUGACGUCAGCAAGGAUAUUUGCCAGGCCACCACUCACGGACCGGAACAGCAGAGCGUGUCCACCAGGUCAUCAACGGCCAACAUGGUCCCAAGAGCUUUUCAAAUGGUCAACAGCAAUCUGUACAACGAGACUAUCGUCACCGGAAACUACACAGAGGUGCCACACAGCAACAACAUGUCAGCCUCUGAUCAGACAACACAGAUGGACCAUGUCAUCCUUCUAGGGGGAAACCCUGCGAUCAGCGACAACGUCCGCAUCUUGGUCAGCGCCGUUGCCGUGCCCCUUCUCCUCGUGCUGACCACAACGAUCGUCCUCCUCAUCCACAAGUUUUACCGCGGCUCAUCAAAUCCAGCUCAACAAGGCGCAGCACCAACCCGUGCAGACGAUGCGGACGAGGCAACCCCUGAAGCGGCAGGAGACGAUAACAUCGAGCCGUAUGCGGUGGCCUACGCUAGCGCUGCGGACGAGACUGAACUGCAACGAUGUGCCGGUUCAGGCGCAGCCGGACGACCCGACCUUGCUCUUCACAAGACCCAAGAAGACAACUGUACCAUUCAGCCGUAUGCAGUGGCCUAUGCAGAAGACCCAGGGUCGGGGAUUCAACCGUAUGCUGUGGCUUACGACGAAGAGCAGAUUCACUAG